AUGAAUACAUAUCCUCGUCAGUCGUCGAGCCAGACCCUGCCGGUGUACGAGCCCACCUCGUCAAUGGCUUCGUCUCUGGCGCCGCAGGGGCCUUUCCCCCCUCCGUCUGCUCUGGCUGCUGCGCCGCCAAGUAGGCCGGGCAGCGGACUGCAGAUGGCCCAUCUGCUCCAUCCCCCGCCCUCCCAGAUCAUGUCCAUGCCGACUUCAUCUCCAUAUGCCCAUUCCUACGACUCGGCCUCGGGCUCUCCCGCUGACCGCGCCUCGAUCCUGACCGACGCAACGGGAUCGCUGCCUGAUGCUCCGUCGCUGCUUCCUGUUGUUGGCGGCCCCGGUCAGCCGCAGCAAAAGAGAGCCUAUCGCCAGCGGCGAAAAGACCCUAGCUGUGAUGCCUGCCGUGAGCGCAAAGUCAAGUGCGAUGCCUCCGAGUCAUCCAGCUGUACCGAGUGCUCGAAUCGCAAGGUUCGAUGCCAGUUUACCAAGGAAACGAAUAGGCGCAUGUCUUCCAUCAAGCAAGUGCAGGAUCUGGAAAAGCAAUUAACUUCAACCAAGCAACAGCUACAUCAGCUUCGCUCCGGGGUCAUGAGACCGGAUACUGCGAUGGACAUUGAUUUCGAUAUCAGCGGGCAGCCGGUCUUGAAACUGCCCGAUGUUGGUUAUCGACCUCCCCGACGGAAUCGUCCGCCAGUGCCUCAGGACCUCUCUGGAGCACGCUCUAGUAUCCGCAAAUAUGGCCGCGGAAUAAUCAAAGUGCCGCCACCAUACCGACAAGCUGCUUCAUCCAACGUCAUUGCAGAAAACGCGCCGGUGCUUCCCCCGAAGCCCGUUGCUGAUCGAUUGCUCGGCCAGUUUCACGCCUGUAUUCAUUCUGUGUUGCCCAUCAUUCACUGGCCGAGCUUUACGGUCGACUAUGAACAAGUCUACCAGGCUGGGACCUUACGAGGGGCACGGCGGGAGUGGACAGCGGUCUUGUUCGGCGUUUUCGCUUGCGGUUCUAUGCACACGCUCGAACCGAACAAGGAGAAGGAAACCCGAGAAUUUCUCCUGACCUCUCAAACUGUAGCCGAUACCUGGUUAGACGACUUUACCCUUGAUCAAGCCCGAGUGGCUCUCCUCACCAGCAUUGCUUUUUAUGAAAUGAAUUCAAGAUCCGCUAGUUGGGUGUGGCUCGGUACAGCAGUCAGAAUCGCCCAGGACAUUGGCCUGCAUAUGGAAUCUGGCCCUUGGCCCGCGGUCGAAGCUGAAAUGAGGAAACGGCUUUGGUGGGGAAUCUACGCAUGGGAUAGGUUAUUGUCUCUGGAAUUAGGCAAACCCAUCUCAAUCCAUGAUCAGGAUUGUGAUGUUGAUCUCCCGUGUCCCGUUGACGAGCAGUUCAUAUCAGAAGCCGCCCGUGUGCCGGAGGGAUCACAAACGAACCCUCUGCUCGCCAUUAUCCAUGUCGUGCGCUCCAUUGGCCAACUAACCAAGACAUUGAAAUCGCCAGUGAUUAGUGCGGCCACUCUCGAAAUAUUUGAUCGCCACUUCAACGCUUGUCUCGCUACGUUCCCCAUCAAUUACCACCCUAAAUCAGACCAUUAUCUCGACCCUAGCUCUCUCGCACCAAUCAUUUACCUACAGAACGCGCGUCUAAUAUUGCAUCGUCAUAACAUUUCACCACAUUGCCCUGCGGAAAUCCGGUAUCCUGCAUUUGAUCAUUGCCUUGCGAUUGCCAUUGAUACGACUCGAGUUCUUCAGCGCUGCAUGCAUCCGUCGUCUGCAUCUUCAACCUAUACGAGCACCCGGGGGGAUUGGCAGACGCUGUUUGCGUCUUCAGCAACGACGCUCCUAUGUACUCACAUCUGGCGUUGCUUGCUUGUUCUCAUCUUUCGAGAGGAUUUUGCGACUGCAUCGGUUUGCAUACAAGCAUGCAAAGCCAUUGGAAAUUCUCACGUCGUUAUGAACUCUCACGGUCGUUAUGUUUCGUUUUUCCUAAAGUGUCUUCUGGAACGGUUGCAACACGGCAACAGUCAACCGCUGGACCAGGACGAAGAGAUUAUUGCGUAUGUGUCGGGAGAUAUGCAAGGCACGACUGAUGGCAGCUGGAUUUGGCAAGGUAGCGAGACAGGGAGUAAACUGGAAGCGAUACCAUCGCAAACAUCCCCGAAUCUAACGGCCCAAAAUGGCGGGCAUGGAUCCGACCGGGAUGUUGACUGGGAAGGAUGGGAUUGGGUGGAGCGUACGGUUGACUAUCUUGCAAACGAGCUGCAUCGACGCAAUCAAGAACGAAGAGAAGUCCCGGCGGUUGUUCCACGGCCUAUCGAGCCACAACACAAGCUGAGUCCGGACUCGAUGACAAGCACCGGUAGUGCGAUUCCACGUUCGAGCCCAUCCAGUUCACGCAUGACUAUUGCAAAUAUCAUAUAA